AAAAAAUCAAAAACAAGAAAUUGGUGAAAACGAGCGGACGUACUUAGAGCUAGUGCAGAUACUCGUAUUGCAGUUUGUGAAAAUUAUUUGUCUAAAUUUAUAUGCCAAUUAAUAAAAACAAAGAAGAAAAAAAAUCUGUAAUAAUUUGCAACGAAGAAUAAUUAAGCAAGCAAAAAAUCGUUGGUGUCUGUGCAGUGCGCGAGUGCAAGUGUUCGCAGAAAAUACAUCAGAUGCGAGUGGAGUUGGCAGUGCAAAAACGAAUUGUGCAAAAUGUUGGUAUUGUAAAUGGGAGAAAAUCGUAUAUGAAAAAUUAUAAUAAUUUCUGCAUUUUAAGCUGCCUGUUUUAAAUAAAAAAAUGUGCUUAAAUUCUGCUGAAAAUUGUUAUAUGUAAUUUUCUCCAAUUAGGAGCGGUGCAAGUGAAUAGAGAAAAACAAACAAAAAAUUCAGGAAGAGCAGAAGAAGCAGCAUCACGAAAGGCAUUCGUUGCUGAUUCUUUAUGAUAUUUCUUAUUGGAGAAGAAUUGCUGAUUGGAUAUAUUAUUUCACAACAGUGCGUGUGUGUGUUUGAGUAAAGAGGAAUUUUAUAUCAAUUGGAAUUGGUGGUUAACGAGCAUUUGGAGUGUUCAAGUGAAAGCGCAGGAUAUGAAAUUAGGAGGCAGAAUUGCUUAAUGUCCCAAUCGACAUUCAUUCCAUGCCAGUGAAUUAUAAUUUGUCAACGCGAACUUAAAAGGAAAAGUCAGCAAAACGGCGUUAGACGCGCAUGCACACUUCAAUUUGGUGUUGUUGUUGUUGUUACACAACUUGAACAAAUCAACUUGUGUCAAAGGUCCACAACGGCAACGGCAAAGCCAACGACAACUACAACUACAACAACAGCAGCAGCGACUCUCAAUUCUAGCAUCAUCAACAGCAACGUCAUUGUCGUCAUCAGCGCCAGUAAUCUACAAAAAGGCUAAUCAUAAUUACAGCCCUGGAAGGCUGAAAGAAGCCAUUAACCAAAUUUAAGUGGUAGCAGCUACUUUCGCUGAAGUAGAUCGCAACAAAGGUUGGCGUUUGGUUGAAAGUAAACACCGUCAUACCAAACUUCACCUACUGGUUUCUCAUCAUUACCAUUUUCCAAUAACGGUGUCCAACGGAGUGCAACAUAGUGGCGGCGGCAAUGACCCUUACCACUGCUACACAACAGGAGAGUAGUAAAAAAAUGGAUACUAAAUGCGCCGCUGAAGAGAACUUGCCAUCAUCAGAAAUGGAUCUUUUGGCCAAAUUAGAGGCGGCUAACAAGCUCAUCGAGAGCGAUGCGAAAAGCCUGAAUUCACUGCAUUCAACGCAUAGCCGCAAGAAUUCGGACACCAGUCAAAUUAGUCUGAAUUCAACUGGCAACUCGAAUGCUGAGGAAGAUAUUUGGACGCAAUGGGCGACUAUACUGAGCGAUUGGGAGGGUGCACUGAAGCGUAAAAAUCCAUGUGUACGCGAUUUGGUGCGUCGUGGCAUACCGCAUCACUUCCGUGCUAUUGUUUGGCAACAACUGUGUGGCGCUUCUGAUACGGAUAAAAAACAAUAUGCCGACUACAUCAAGGCCACCUCGGCCUGCGAGAAGGUCAUUCGACGUGACAUUGCACGCACUUACCCAGAGGUGGAUUUUUUCAAAGAGAAGGACGGUCCCGGUCAGGAGGCGCUUUUCAAUGUGAUCAAAGCCUAUUCGUUGCACGAUCGCGAAGUGGGCUACUGUCAGGGUUCUGGCUUCAUUGUAGGACUACUUUUGAUGCAGAUGCCCGAAGAAGAGGCUUUCGCUGUGCUUGUGCAAAUUAUGCAACAACAUCGCAUGCGUGACAUGUUUAAACCUUCAAUGUCGGAGUUGGGUUUGUGUAUGUAUCAACUGGAAAAUUUGGUGCAAGAGCAGAUACCCGAAAUGCAUAUACACUUCCAGCAGCAGGGUUUCCAAACCACUAUGUACGCUUCCAGCUGGUUCCUUACACUUUAUACAACUACACUCAAUCUCAAUCUAAGCUGUCGCAUAAUGGAUGUAUUUCUUAGCGAAGGCAUGGAGUUCAUAUUCAAGGUGGCGCUGGCGUUACUGCUGCUAGGCAAGGAGACAUUGCUGUGCUUAGAUAUGGAGGCAAUGCUGAAGUUCUUCCAAAAAGAGCUGCCCGGACGAGUUGAAGCCGAUCCGGAGGCUUUCUUCAAUUUAGCCUACUCCAUUAAGAUCAACACGAAACGCAUGAAGAAAAUGGAAAAGGAAUAUCAAGACUUGAAGAAAAAGGAACAGGAGGAAAUGGUUGAGUUGCGUCGUUUACGGCGUGAAAAUCGUCUGCUGAAACAGCGCAAUGAGCUGCUAGAGGCUGAGAGCGCUGAACUUGCCGAUCGUCUGGUGCGUGGGCAGGUCUCACGCGCCGAAGAGGAAGAAACAAGUUAUGCUAUUCAAACGGAGCUAAUGCAGUUGCGUCGCUCCUAUCUGGAAGUGUCACAUCAGCUGGAAAAUGCCAAUGAGGAAGUGCGUGGCUUGAGUUUGCGUUUACAGGAAAAUAAUGUAUCAAUCGAUAGUGUAAGUAAUGCGCAGCCGCCGGUGAAGGAAACAAAGAAUAAUUCACGUCAGUCAUCCAUCGAUGAGUUGUGCAUGAAGGAGGAGGCGCUUAAGCAGCGCGAUGAAAUGGUGUCGUGCCUGCUCGAAGAGUUGGUCAAGGUGCGUCAAAGUCUUGCCGAGAGUGAGGAUCAAAUACGUAAUCUCAAGUCGAAAAUCGAAGAACUCGAAGAGGAUAAAAAGACAUUACGUGAAACUACGCCCGACAAUUCGGUGGCACACUUGCAAGAUGAACUGAUUGCCAGUAAAUUGCGCGAAGCCGAGGCUAGUCUCUCGCUGAAGGAUCUCAAGCAGCGCGUGCAAGAGUUGAGCACCCAAUGGCAACGCCAGCUGCAAGAAAACAAAAAUGAUCACAGCCAGCAACCGGUGGAUUCGACACCAAAAAAAUUGCUAACAAAUUUCUUUGACAAUUCCAAGUCAAACGAGCAUACGCAGCGCUUGGAGGAGGAGUUGAUGACAACGCGCAUACGUGAAAUGGAAACACUCACCGAGCUAAAGGAGUUGCGCCUAAAGGUUAUGGAACUCGAGACGCAAGUGCAGGUUUCCACAAAUCAACUGCGUCGUCAGGAUGAAGAGAAUAAGAAACUGCGCGAACAGCUUGAGCAGGCUGUCAGUCGCGAAAAGGAGAUGGCCAACAAGGCACGCGAACAGCAGCACAGAUACUCCGAUUUGGAGUCUCGCAUGAAAGAUGAGCUGAUGAAUGUAAAGAUUAAAUUUACUGAGCAAAGUCAGACUGUGGCCGAACUGAAGCAGGAAAUAUCACGAUUGGAAACUAAGAAUUCUGAAAUUCUCGCUGAGGGUGAACUACGUUCCAAUUUGGAUGAAUCUGAUAAGGUGCGCGACCUGCAGGAUCGUCUGGCUGAUCUUAAAGCAGAGCUAACCGCCAUUCGGAGUCGUGGCAAAUAUCCAAUCAACAAACUGCGAAGCGCCUCAAUACAAUCGAUCGAAUCCAACGAGAUUGACUUUAAUGAAUUGAAUUUGCGACGUGAGAGUGCCGAAUUAUCAACAACAUAAUACACAAUGCGGCUGAGGAGAGCUUCACUCUCUAAGAGACACCAACACACAGUUGGCGUACUGAUAUUUAAUUGAUAUUAGGCGUGUAUGCAAAACAACAACAAAACAACAAAAAUGCAAACAAAAGAGACAAAAAAAGCAAAGUAAACACAAAUAGAGAACAUAACUGCUAUUGUUGAAAAGUAGAAAAUUCCAAAUUAACAAUUAAAUAAAAUAAUUUCUUUUUAGCCUUAAGUAAGUUUAUGCAUGAGAAUUUUACGCUUUGCAGCGAUUAUGUUGUAUCUCUUUUAUUAAUAUACAUAUUUUUAUUUUUAAUUUUUUGCUUGCAUCUUCCAUACCAACAAGUAUAUGUAUGUAUAACUAAUUUAUUGUAGUUUGUUAUAGCGACUAUACCAAUUGAUUAUUAUUAUUAUUGUAUUAUUACUAUUAAUAUAAUUGUAAAUUAAAAAGCAACAUAAUCGAAGUGUGCGUGAGUGUGUGUGUAUGUGGCUUCGAUGCGCUAACGCUAAAUUUUUGACGUAGUGAAAUGCAAAAUUAAAAAAAAACAAAAAAAAAAUUAAUAAAAAUAAUUUUAUUAAGAGAACAUUUUUUUAAUAAAAAUAAUUUUAAUGAAAAAAAUUUUUUUUAUAAAAAUAAUUUUAAUAAAAAAGAGGAAAAAAGUA